AAAAACAAUGUCGGGCGUUUGGGUGUUCGACAACGGGGUAAUCCGGCUCGUGGAGAGGGCGGGGGCGGCGGAGACGGGAGCAGGAGGGCGGAGAAAAGUUCUGAUCUACAAACCGACAAACGAGGCGAUGACAUCAUACCCAAUACUUAAAAACAAGCUUGCAUCGUUAGGCUGGGAAGUAUACUACGAAGAUUCCGAGGUUAUGCAAUUCCAUAAGCCUUCAUCUGUGGAUCUCAUUUCUAUUCCCACAGACUUCAAUAAGCUUAAGGCUAGACACUUAUACGACAUCGUUGUGAAGAAUCGUAAUGUUUUUCAAGUUAAGGACAUGCAAUCCCAGUAAUUGUUGCCACGACGUCGUUUCAUACCUCUUUGGUGGCUCUCUAUUUCAUCUCUUUUUAUGUAGUGUUUGUGUGUGUUUGAAGCAUAUGUAAAUUUGUCGUUGAAAUCGAAAAUCAUAAAUUUAACGUA